GGCCGUCAAAAACAUGCCGGGCACAAGAGAACUUCCAAACCACGCGGAUCUCCAGCCAUAUAAUUUCGCGGUUGCGGGACAGUAAGUUCUGCGUCACCAUCCCUGUGGAUGGAUUUCAGAUGGUAACCAUGUCGGUAGUGAUGGAACCAUGUGCGACCCUGAUGGCGAGCUUUUCAUCAAGCCCUGUGUACAGCAGGAGAUCGACUUUUACGAAACUGCCUUCAAGGAACACCCGAACUUUGCUGAGCUGAUGCCUGUUUAUCUCGGCACCCUGUCACUCAAUGACGCAACCGACGUCGACUCUGUCGACGAGCAGCUUCCGGCUGUCAACGAACUCCUGAGCAAGGAGGUCAAGGACCAAGCGGUGCUCAUGGCAAAGCCGAACCAGAAUAGGAAAAUCGUCACGAACAAGUCAGUUGUCUUAGAGAACGCGGCGUAUGGCUUCAAGCGACCCAACAUCCUAGACGCGAAGCUCGGCCGGCGCUUAUGGGCCGAUGAUGCACCCAUGGCAAAGCGGCGACGGUUUGACAAAAUCAGUGAAACGAGCACAAAUGGGUCACACGGCUUUCGGAUCGCGGGCAUGCGCAUAUACAAGGGCUCUGAUAACCCGGACGAGCUGGACUCCGAGGGCUACAAAGUCUACGACAAGGACUAUGGCAGGCUAGAGAGGGCAGGUAUCGACGAGGAUCUUGGGAGGGCCAUUGCUCAGGCUUUCCUCGAAGAUCUCAGGAGGGUUGAGCAAGUCCUCGCCAGCGAGGAGACCAGGAUGUACUCGGCAAGCCUGCUAUUUACGUUCGAGGGGGAUGGCGAGGCGCUGCGGGCCGCCAUCGAGAAGGCGGCCCCUAGCUCGUCGAGCUCGGAGCAAGAGGGGAAGAAGGAACAGGUCAGAGAUAUCAAAACUACCCCCAGCACGUCGCGCGUUGACAGUGGCAUCGCGAUGGACGGCAACGGCGAGAUCAUUCUAACACAACAGAAGGACGGGGCUGUUGAUGCGCGGCUGCUUUCUGGCCCUAUCCAAGGAAAUGUUGAUCUAAUGGCCCUUGCGGGGGACAUUGGGAUGGACGACGAGGAAGACGAGGAAGACGAGGAAGAAUUUUCAGAUUUUCCGCGGAUUUACUCCCUCAAGUUGAUCGAUUUUGCGCACGCCAGUUGGGUGCCUGGGCAGGGCCCGGACGAGAACAGCUUACUCGGCGUUCGAAGUCUGAUCAAGGUCUUCGAGGAGCUAGCCCACUAGGUCAUUUACGAGUUGACGAACUUCUUAUUUCCCCUCGUUGGUGGAGUUCCACCCCUGAUAUGGGCAUCAUGAUACGUUAUGAGCUGCGGAGUUGGAGGAUUGCUUGUAUUGGAAUGUUUAGAACAAUACCCCUGUCUUGGACACUCAUUUAUCCUUAUAGCUUCAGGUUGUCGUGAUGUGUUCUGCGCUUGAGAUGAGGACCGGUAUACCGUACCGAGGGCAAAGGCCCCAGCCAACCGUAGCGAAUCUGGGCGUACAUAAUCUACACAUGGACAAAUAGUAGAGUUCCCAUCAGGGACUUCUGGAGAAGGAAGAUAAGAACAUUCGCCCACGUUAUUUACUAGCAUGAAAGACCCCAGUGUUGUGGUUACUUCAGUUAGG